GAUGUCCCAUGUUCGCAAUAAUGUCAGCUUAAUGAACUUUCAUCUGCUGUGCCUCGAACAGAUCUACGGAGUAAACGUCGUAUUUCGGAUAUCAGGAAUGAGUUCUCAUUCAGCUGCUUUCGGAUUUAGGAACAAUUCAAAGGAGGUAAUAUUCGUCAGCAGAAUGAGCUUCCGCCAGGACUCAAUCAAUUAGUAUAAAAACGACGAUUUCCUCCUUUCUGAUGAUGGCACAGCACAGCCAUCAUGUCUAGGCACUUCCUUCUCCUCUCGAGCUUCUUGUUUACUCUUGCCUCCGCUCUGUAUACUCCAGCUGUUCAUUCACGGGACAUUACUUACUCCACGGCUCCUAUACCGCCAAGUAAAGACCCAUGGUACACCGCCCCACCAAAUUUCGAAGACGCUGCACCAGGAACCAUCCUUAGACUUCGAGUCGCUCCUGGAAACAUUCCUUCCGUGAUCGCCAACUGCUCCCAAGCUUACCACCUUUUGUAUCGAACCACCAAUGCCCUGUAUCAACCAUCGUGGGCAAUGACAACACUUUACGUUCCCCUCUCAGCUUCCAAUUCAUCUUCCACAGCCAGUGCUCUCCUUUCGUACCAGAUCCCAUACAACUCAGCAGACGUCGACGCCAGCCCCAGCUAUGCAUUCUCGGCAGGAUCUCAAACUGGAGAUCUUCCUAACGCACUUGGUCGAGGCUGGUACGUCAACUUCCCAGAUUUUGAAGGACCACUCGCUGCAUUCGGUGCUGGCAUUCAAGAAGGCCACGCUGUCCUCGAUUCAGUUCGAGCUGUCCUCUCAUCGGGAUUCGGAUUGAGCCCUGACACGAGAUAUGCUAUGUGGGGAUACUCAGGAGGUUCCGUGGCUAGCACAUGGGCUGCUGAGCUCCAGGGCCAGUAUGCUCCCGAACUUAACUUCAGCGGAAUGGCCAUUGGUGGAAUCGUACCGAAUUUCACAACCACCCUUGGUCUCCUUUCUGGGACUGUCUACGCUGGCCUCCUUCCUUCUGCUUUACUUGGGAUUACUGCUGAAUUUCCAGAGUCGAGGGAGUAUCUCCUGUCCAAGCUCAAGACUAAUGGUGCUUACAAUGCCACGGGAUUUUUGGAAUCUCUUGAACUCAGUUUUGAGGAAGGAUUUAUCUUUUAUCAGUACCAGGACAUUUUCAAUUACUUUGUUGACGGACCAGCUACUGUGCAAUCCCCAUUGAUCCAAGAUCUGUUAAACAUUCAAGCCCAGCAAGGCUACCACGGUAUACCCCAGAUGCCAGUUUAUGUCUACAAAGCAAUCCAUGAUGAGCUCAGCCCUGUCAGUGUGGCUGAUGCACUGGUCGAGAGAUAUUGUGGGGUGGGGGUCAACAUUCUGUACGAACGAAAUACCGUUGGAUCUCAUCUCGAUGAGGAUUACAACGGUGAUGCCAGGGCUUUUGCAUGGUUAGCAAGUGUAUUGGACGGCACUUACGCUCAGCAGUACUCGGUUCGGGGCUGUACUAUUGAGAAUGUCACAGUAGGUGUUUGGAAUGCAACAGCCAUCUGAAUGUCCCGGAAAGUUCCGUACUUCCAGAAGUUGAAGUGCUGCUGUGAAUUGCAAAUGACCUGGUAGUGGAUAGUUGCAUGUACCUACUGGGGAUUAUAUGAAGUUGUAGCUUCAGGUGGAGAGGAUUGACGAU